AUUUUUAACAAGAUUACAAUAUCUGUUUUCACUCCAUAAAAGGAAUUUUAUAAAAUCCGUUUUAUCAUAGAAACAAUAGUAAUUAUUUUUUUGCAACAAUUUAAAUAAUUUAUGAAGAAUAUUUCACAAUUUACCAUAAUUUUUAUUUAGAAUUAAUUUUACUGUUUACAAUUGAAAAUGCAAGACCCGAACGAAGAUACUGAAUGGAAUGAUAUAUUAAGAGCUAAAGGAAUUAUACCUCCCAAAAAGGAAAAAGAAAUUACUGAAGAUGAUGUAAUUAAUUUAGUAGAGCAAACUGUCAGAGAAAAACGAAAUGGAGAGAAAAAAGAUAUGGUGGAUAUGUCUUUAGAUGAACUAGAUGAAUUAGAAGAUGAAGAAGAUGAAAGAGUAUUGGAAGAAUAUCGUAGGCGGAGAAUUGCUGAACUAAAAGAACAAUCGAGGAAAGAUGUUUUUGGUGAAGUAAUUGAAAUUAGUGGUCAAGAUUUUGUGAAUCAAAUCAAUAAAGCUGGUCAAGGAGUAUGGGUAGUAUUACUUUUAUAUAAACAGGGUAUCCAGGUAUGUGCUUUAUUGAACGAGUAUCUUAAUAACUUAGCGAGGAAGUUUCCAGCUACAAAAUUUGUGAAGAGUAUUUCUACCACAUGUAUCCCAAAUUAUCCAGAUAGUAAUUUACCAACUAUUUUUAUUUAUCAUGAAGGUGAUAUGAAACAUCAAUUUAUUGGGCCAAGACUAUUUUCACUGACAACAACACAAAAUGAAUUUGAGUGGAUGUUGGGACAAGCUGGUGCAGUAAAAACUAAUAUUAAAGAAAAUCCCAAGCCGAAAGCUAGAGAUGUCUUGUUUGAUAAUUUACUCUCAAAUAUGCAAUGAUAAAGAUCAAAAUAAACAUUUUAUGUUUAAAAUUAAUUUAAUUAAAAAUAUAUAUUUUUAAAGUUA